AUGAGCGAAACGGUCAAUCAAACGCCAAAACGAGGAUAUGGUGGUCAUCCACAUCACUUGUUCAAGUUGCCUGAGGCUGACGUAACCACUUGUGAGUCAAUGUACGAGGAAGGGCUGCAGACGUCGACUACUGUUGCAGAACCGUUGGCCGGCAACGAGCUGACCACGGUCACCAGAAACAUAGCCAACAAGUGCGCAACGAUAUUCAGAAGACUGCAGAGAUCGCUGGCUUACAAGAAGUGGUUUUUUGAACAUUCAACCCACAUCAUAAUGGCGUUGGCCAUCGUUUUGGUCACCACGUCGCUGAUACCCGGUGAUCUGAGGGAAACGUCAAACGCCAAUAAUCGUAACGAUGGAAAAGUGAAACCCCAGACUCUCGUAUACUUUGUGUAUCUGGCUUCGUUCAGUAUUCAUCUAGGUUCUCAGUUUUGGAUGACGAUUGUUUCUGGACUGAGUUUGUAUUUCAAUUUGUCCAGACACGCUUUUGGUGAUGUCCAAAAAAUCCUGUUUCCGAAAUACUUUUCGAUUAACAGUGUGCUGAGCGCUAUCACGCUGGUACAGUUCAGAAAGAUCACUGCGGACGUGUGGCAACUACACACGUAUUUACAGUUGAUUACGUUGAAUUUGUGCUUCCUGUUGGAAUUGACCAUCUGGCUGUACAUGGUGCCUACAGUGUUGCGGCUCAUCGCCGCCAAGACAGCCAUCGAGAAGUCAGCGGGCUUGGGCAAGGAAGUGGGACGCUGCAACCUUGGCCGGCUGGUCAAGUGCCCGCAUUACAUGACUAUACAUCGAAUUUUCCGUAAGAUGCACAUGGUCAUGGCCAUGGGUAACGUUAUUACCAUCAUGUGCAGUAUCUAUCACUUAACGUACAUCGCGGCCUAA